UAGCAUCAUGCAGCCACAUCAUGUUUAUGUGGUGGACAUAGAUUUACCUGUUGUUUUAUAUCAUCCACCUUUGUCUGAUCAGUGCUGGGGUGUAACUGGGAUGAUAACUGGUCUGAUUCAUCACAGGAUACCUAGGGUACUUACACACCUUACCAUAGUGUUCAACAGUCUGUCGUGAUAAAGGAAAGUGUAUUCUAUAGACUUAGCAUUGUAAUGAUAAGUUCUGGACAAAUACCGUAAUAAGUUUUCAUAGAACUUCCAGAGAACAUAUUGUGACAUUGUGAGGAUUUUACCAAAUGCUGUGUACAUGGUGCUAAACUGUACUAGAGAUGAGAUGAAGUAACCUCUUCAGCCUUUAUCACCAUGACGAUGCCUUUAACAGAGGGCUGACUUAAAGAUGGAUGUCGGUAACCCUUACCAUGUCAGCCCCAACAGGAAGUCCUAUGUGGGGCCGUCCGUGACUUACAAUGGGGUCCCAGCAGAGCUGCGUGAAUCUAACCACUACAUGGAGAGUUCCUUUACAUCUGACAAUCAGACAGGGACAGUGUUCAUACGAAUCUCUAUACCAGACCUAAAAGUCCAGAAGUGCCUUCAGUUUGAGCUGGAUGAGACAGUAUGGCAGGCCAAACAGCGACUACUGGGGACGUUUGCCAAGGACUUGAAGGAUGCCCUGAAUUUCGGCCUUUACAGUCCGCCGAUAAAUGGCAGGGCUGGCAAGUUCCUGGAGGAAGAGAGACUGCUGCGACAUUACCCACUACAGGGACCAAUCGGAUUUCUUGAGUUUAAAUACAAAAGACGAGUAUACAAACUGAUGAACUUAAAUCCAAGGAAACUCAAGCAAAUUAAUACAAAGGGUAACUUUAAGCACUUCAUUGACUAUGUGAAGAACUGUAAUGUUGAGAAGGUGACCAAACUGGCCAACAAGGGACUAGACCCAAACUUCCACGACUCCAGUACGGGGGAGACACCCUUGAGCCAGGCCAUGAUGCUGACGAAACAAAAGUGUCGGGAGCUGAUCAUCAGUCUAGUAGGCGGUGGGGCACACCUCGACUACCGCACCAAGAAAGGCCUUACCCCGCUACACCGGGCUGUUGUGGCCGGCAACACAGAGGCUGUCAAGACCCUGUUAGACCUAGGGGCGUCCCCUAACCUGAAGGAUGCCCGGGGCCUGACCCCGCUGUACCACUGUGCUGCCCACUCCUGUAACCCUGUGUGUGUGGAGAUGCUGCUGAUGGAGAAGGCGGUCAUUGGUGCCACUGAUGAGCAGGGUUGGAUGGAGAUACAUCAGGCAUGUCACAAUGGUCUGGUCCAACACCUGGAGUACCUAUUGUCGUACGGAGCAGACAUGGACAUCCAGAAUGCCAAUGGUAACACAGCGCUCCAUGUGUGUGCAAUAAACAACCAGGAGUCCUGUGCGCGUGUGCUGUUGUUUCGAGGUGCUAGCAAGGACAUUGUCAACCUGAACCACCAGACGCCUUACCAGGCGGCCAUCAUUGCUCAGAGUCACGACCUGAUCCUGAUGCUGGAGCAGCACCGCACUGAGGAUGUCGUUCCGAUUCGUGAGAUGCCACGAUAUAGUAACCGUCGCCGUGACAAUCCAGCAUUACAGUCCAUAUAUGGGAUGUCUCGUAGUCGUAGUGACCCACGAAUCAAUGCAAUCUCUAUGAUGGAUGAUAAGUACAUGACGACUUUCGCGUCUAUGCAUAACUUGGCGUACCUAAACAACAACCACCCGGACACACCGUCUGGUGGCUAUGAGACGGACUCUCCAUGCUCAAUGUCAGUGUCCAGUGCCAGCUCAGGCAUGGGUACGCCUGAAUAUGGCCCGAGUGACUUUCGCCCCUCCUCACUGUCGUACGGGUCGGUACUACAGAACCCCCUCCCCCAAAACAGCAGAUUCUCCAAAGUGCCUCAGCGCAGUCACAGUAUGGUACAACAUGUGACUAGCCCCACAAUGCUCAACCCAUCAUCAGUGGACCUCCACAACCACAGGGAUCCAUUGGCCAUUUGCCACAAAUGCCACCGCCUUAAUGUGCCACUAGAGGGCCGACCGUAUCGCCAUAGUAUGUACAGCCACUAUACAUCGCCACGUGGCCUGGGUGUGGUCAGACGUCCAUCACUGCAGGCAGAGAUGAUGUACGAGCACAGUGUACACUCUGCUGACUUAGUUUUGGACAGACAGAUGGAGGACACACAUAGACACUGUACCAGACGGCCUAGUAGGCUGUCCCUGCUAAGUAACCACAGUGCCACAAUCUACAACCAUCCAAGUCCCUCCUCUUCAAGUGGCAGUGUUGGGGCCACUAUAUCAAGUGGCAGUGAUGCCACAAUAUCAAGUGGCUCCACUAUUCAGAUCAAUGGUGCCACUGAAAACUAUAAUCAAGAGGAAAGGAGCACUCCAGCUGCUGUCUCACACCAGUCUGUACAGUCAAUGAACAUACAACACAGCAAAAUGACUGUCCCGAACAAAAGUAGGGGGAGAAACGUGGUCAGUUUGUCAGCCCUCCCCAUGUACCAGGAGCCCCGCCCUCAGGGUCCCAUUCUCAACCUUACCACCCCUGAAAGUCUCCAUGUGUGUGUCCAGUCCUACGAGGCUACCAACCCAGUAGAGCUGACCCUCAUCAAGGGAGAAAUCGUUGAAGUGACCGGUGUGAGUGACCAGGGUUACUGGGAGGGACGCAACAUGAAUGGUCAAGAAGGGUGGUUUCCUAGCGACAAUGUACAGGAAGUCCGUCUGCGACGCAGAGCUGGGUCCCUUGGAGAUAUAAUGAAAGUGUCCCGAGACAACGCCCUCAAUAGGAACACACUAGCCACGCUGGUCCACCCUUAUGGUUCCUACUCAGCGCGGACAGUUGUGCUUCAGCGCGGACCCGAGGGCUAUGGAUUUGUACUACGGGGAGCCAAAUCCCAGACAAACGCCACCGGAGAGCUUGACUUCUGUCCCACAGCGGAAUUCCCCGCACUGCAGUACUUGGACAAUGUUGAUCCAGGAAGUCGAUCGGAUAGAGCAGGACUCAAGCCUGGAGAUUUCCUAUUGGAGAUCAAUGGAGAGAAUGUUGUGCGAGCAUCACAUGAUCGCGUGGUUCAGCUGAUCCGCCAGGCUGGUGACACCCUGGCCAUGAAAGUGGUCACGGUACAGCGACCCGAGACAGCUGACCAGUGGCUCCAGCACCAAGAUGGCUCAAUGACGCUCCCCGUCCGUGGGGGCAAGAAAGCGGCGCCCCAGCCUCCCCAGCGUAACCCUCGCACCUCCAUCUCCCUGACCAAGACCCAGGGCAAGCAGAUCGCAGAAGGCAUGGCAGAACUAGAAAAUGACACGGAAAAGGAAUCCACAAAGAGAGUGAUAAACCAUGCUGGAACAAAAAAGAAAUCAGUGCGAGCCCCAUUACCACCUGAUCAACUGGACAAGGUCUUGGCCGAAAAUGACAAACAGGAAGAAAUGACAAAGGAGCAGAAGACCGCCUCCAUACGGUCCAGCCAUUCAGCGAAACGUGUCUCCUGUGUGGAGCUUGGAGGCCUGGACACUGGAGCAAUACAUUCGUCAGAAAAAUACAUGAGCCCAUCAGAAAUGAGGAUCAAGAAAUAUCACCAAAAGAAAGCCUCCAACGGGUCUGUGAGUAAUAUGGAAAGGUCACGUAGUACAUCUGACCUUCUGGACAGCAAACGUAAUGAGCCCGUUUAUGCCACUCCAGUGACAGUGCCAAGUGUGGCCUCCAAACACAAGCGCACUGCAAGUGGUUCUACGGAUGUGGUAGACAAAUACGACUAUGAUGGUGGAGACAGUGUGUCAUUAAAGAGUGCUUCUUCUUACGGGGGAUCUACCGGAAACCUUAAAACUGCCACGAGUGAGCGACCUAAAGCGCCGCCCCCACCUCCUCCGGGUGGGAGCACUGUACCAAAGCGACAUGCACCAGCGCCGCCCAAAAACGUUGAACCAGUGCGACCAGCAAAAACAGAACUAGUGACAAUCAGUACCAAUAAAAAAGUGUAUGCCACGACAACAGAAAUAAAAUCUAGUCAAGUUAAUGAUCAAUCAGAUCAAUCCAGCUUCAAACCAGCCAAUCAGGGCAAAUCAGCAGACGAGCCAAAAAUCAAAAUCAAAUCCACUGUGGAUGUUACAACAUCGCAUCAGAGAAAUGCUAGUAGUGUGUCUAAACAUUCGGACAGUAGUCGUGAUGAUGCCUCUGAAAAACACUCUGUAUCAUUCGCUGAGGACAGAGUGAAUGACAGUGCACAGAAGUUCUUACAGAAACACCCAAACGCCCAGCUUCUUGUUACAGCGGAUGUUCACCUGCGCAAGAAGAAGGUGUCGGAGCCAGAACCAGACUAUGAUGUAGAUAGUGAAGGGGAGAAUGACAAGGCCCGUAACUCUGUAACUGUCAUAUCAGUGGGAGACAAGAAGACAAAGACAGAAUCAGCUAAACAAUUGACAAUAAAACGUUCAGACAUCCCAUCCUCUCUUGUCUCCAAAAAACAAGAAGAUGUACAAAUUCCUCCUCCUCCCCAGGAGCCUGCACCCAAACCCCCGACAAAGACACAACCUCCUCCAUCACCGAAAGGGCGAGAACCCUCACCUGCUCCUUCACCUCCCAGGCAAGCUUCACCUGCCCGCCAACCAUCACCAGUACGGCAGGCCACGCCUCCAAAAGAGAUUCAUACAGCAGAGGUGAAGGAGGAAGUGGAGGAGUUACCUGUGUUUGCUCCUCCCCCUCCUGCUCCACCAGCACCCCCACCUCCUCCACCUCCCCUGACUCAGGAGGCAUCCCCUUCACCUAGAGUGGGGUCUCGUCAGACAGGUGACGGUCCAACAACUUCACUCCUCCCAACUGGAGACAUCUUGGCUGCAGUACGGAAACGUCAAACCAGGAUGGAGACUGAAGGGCCAAAAUUGACAGCUGUUCAACAGAAAAAACAGGAACCUACAGACAACCAGGCAGCCAUCAUGGCAGCCGUAGCGAGACGCCGACAACACCUGGAACAGAAGUCUGAUACAGAUGUACUUGACCAGAUUGAGUCGAGGUUACACAAAACAAAGAAACUUCAGUCGGCCAAGCUUUUCUUUUCCGGUGAAAAUACUGGCAAGAAAACAGAGACAAAAGCACAGGAAUUGCCAAAAUCCAAACCAGCCUCAAAUGUCAUUUCAAAAGCCAAACCAGGCUCUGUAACACCAUCCAAGAUAACACCAAAAGUGACACCUAAGGUUGAGACAAAAGUCACACCUAAGGUUGAGACAAAAGUCACACCUAAGGUUGAGACAAAAGUCACACCUAAGGUUGAGACAAAAGUUGAGACUAAGAAAGAAAUUGUCAAUAGGAAAGCAACAGCGUCUACUCCAAUGAAACCAUUGUUUGAUAGCAAUGCUGUUGGUAAGGUCAAGGUCACAGAGAAUAAGAAGGUCGUAACUAAGCAGAAAUCAAUAGAAUCAGACAAGGAUGAAAAGAAGCCAACAACAACAGAUUUCCUGGCAAUGGCAGAGAAAGCCAGACAAGACUGGCUACAGAAAAAAGCGAGUAGCUCAUCACUUUCAUCUGGAAGUCCAACCCAUACCACUACCGAUGCAACUACAGCACGGGCCAAGUCUGAGCCGCCCAAAACCACAGUAAAGGAGAAUGACUCGGUCCAAUACUCAAGCAAACCAACAUCACCCACCCCACUCACCACCAGUACUCAAUUCUUCAAUACCACAGACAAACCUAAGGUCAACGGAGUUGUACGCAAAACCUCCACCUCUACACCGCUGAAGACUUCCAGGGAUGCUGAUCUGAUAUCUCGUGCCACCUCCAUACGUGACAGGAUAGCUAGCUUUGAGAAAAAUAAAAAAGUUGAUGUUACAAAUGGAAGAAUUAAUUCAACUUCUCCAAAAUCUCCGCGUUACAAAGUGCAGGGGGUGACAACGGAUAGUUCAGCCACAGAAACUGGGAAGACAACAACUAGUGCUUUGCCUCCACCUCCUGAGUUUGGAGAUAUUGUACAUGUGGACAUCAUUCCACCGCCUUCAGGCUACAAACAUGAGGACACAGACAGUGUGGUAUCAUCAGUAUCCACUCUCUCCACACUGUCUGAUGAACACGCUGACUCAGGCUAUUGUCUAUCCAAGAAAAACUCCUACGAGGACCUUAUCCCUCCGCCUCCCCCAGGCUUUGAUGAUAACACGGAUCAGGGCUACGAUGAAAUGCCCGCGGUGAUUCCCCCACCUCCAGACUUUGAGAGUAAUAAAAACAACAAAGUGGUAGUGAAACCAGUGAGAAUGAACAAACCAUUUUUGUCUAAGCCUGUCGACACAUGGCAAUGUCUUGAUGUUCUGGACUGGUUAGACAGCCUCAACAUGACUCCGUACAAACCAAGUUUCCAGGAACACUGCAUUGACGGUAAAAAGUUGGCAGCACUUACGCGCAAUGACUAUAUAGAGCUAGGAGUAACACAAGUAGGACACCGUAUGAACCUAGAGCGCUCUAUCAAGAAGGCUGCCAUGCGGAAUGGUAGCUUGUCUUGAGUUUCCCAGUGUUGUCUAG